CCAAUGCUGGCCCUGGCUGAAGCCUGGUUGCAUCCAUUCCCCUCCCCGUGGAGGCUCCACUGGCAGCAGCAGCAGGAGGCUGUCCUGCGUACACCUGCGGGCAGUAGGCUGGCAGUGCUUGCUGUGUUUUCUCUCCUUCUGAUAGAUGGACAUGCACAAGUGCUGCUGCAACAGCGUCAACCAUCUGCUACCAGAGAGAGAUCCAAAACUGUGACUAUUCAGUGCCAUGUCGAGGGCAUAGCUGACUUCCAUAAUGCCUACAUCCACUGGUACCGACAAAUGCCUGCUAAAGCUCCUGAACGGCUUCUCUAUGUGACAGCAGUAGCGCAAGUUUCCUAUGAUUCGGAUUCCUAUAAGAACAAAUAUACAUCUUCCAAAAUGGGGAAUAAAAUCUGCACUCUCUCAGUUCAAGACAUAGGUGAUGAUGAUAAAGGUACCUACUACUGUGCCUACAGGGAGUCCCACCGAUCCGGAUAUUACUACAAAGUUUUCGGCUCUGGUACAAAGCUCAUUGUAUCAGACAAAGGAAGUUCAGCACCAGAGAAUUAUGAAAUCAUGCAGGAGGAACAUGAAAAACAAGUGGUGUAUGUUUGUCUUAUUGAGAAAUUCUACCCAGAAGUUAUUCGGGUGAAAUGGACCGAUGAAGCAAAUAAGGAGGUAACACAGAACGUAGUAAAAGGAGAUGUCUGGAAGUCUCCAGGUGAGGAUAAGUACUCAGUCAGCACCUGGUUAUCUGUACCACUGGAGAGCAAAAACAAGAUAUAUUCUUGCACAUAUGAGCAUGAAAGUGGAGGUAACUCACUGUCCACACAAGAUCUCUUUCCAGUACCUUCUUCAGAGAGGUCUCCUCAGGAACAGGACUGCGGCACUCAAUCUGGGAACAGCACAGUUGUUAACAGAGAUCACAUGACACACAAGGCAGCACAAUUGGUGUACGUUGUUCUGCUUCUGAAAAGCUCCAUGUACUAUGUUAUCGUACUCUUCUUCUUCUUCAAGUACAGAACAAGGACUGCAGCUAAGCCCUCGGGAAAGAAAACAUAAAUACUAGUUUUGAAAAGGUUUAUAAAAUUGUCUUCAGUUUGCUUUGCUGUAUAAUUAUCUACAUAAGCUCUCCUGCUCUCUGUGCUAGAUACAAGAAAAAAAAAUCCCAAGAGAGCAGGCAAAUAGGGUUUGCUGUGCUUUACUGUUGGCGUUUUCCUAAUUUUUUUCUGAGUAUUGAACUGAGGUGGAGGUGAGCAAAAGAAUUAAGUUUACAUAGCCUGGGUUUUAGUAGGAACUCUGUAAUGUAAGGUUAGGAACCUCCUCCUGCUUAAAAUAUUUUUGCAUGCAUAAGCAUAGAGGUGUAAUGGAACUUUCAAAAUAUAAAACAUUGAUGCAUUUUAUCAUUUCAUUUAAGGAUUAAUUAGGAGCAUUCCACUGCCAAAAACGCAUGGAUACUUUUCUUUACCUUUCAAUGAUUUAUUGCAACUCCACCAAAUCAGGACUUGAACAUCAUGAGGUGAUAAAUGCUUUCAAAGAUUCAACUAGACCUGAUUUUUAAAAGCGAAGAUAUUAUUUUGUAGCAAGCUAGAUGAACAUAAAAGCAAUUCUAACGUGCAUGCCUAUAGAAAUUUAAGAAAUUAACCAGGCCACAGGCCAGCACUGCUGGACAAACUGAAAACUUGCAUAUCAUGUCUUUAAAGGUACAGAAUGAUUGCAAUUAUCACCUGUUUAGAGAAAUCGUUUCAAACUCAGCAGAACCUAAACCUGGUCUUUCAGUAGAGAUAGUGUUCUCAUAGUAUAGAAAAAAUUCUCAGAUGCUGUACUUUGAACUCUUCAUCUACAGAUUUUGCAAAUUUUGGCCUAGUACCACAAGUUUGGAGGUGAAUGCCUACACCAAACCUGUAAUGAUGUAGAGAAAUAAAAGCUU